CUCGGGCGGGCGGGCGCGGGAAGCUGCUGCGGAGCGCGGAGCGGCGGUAGACGGCUGCUUCCCUGCAGGCCUCGGAGGGAGCGAGCUGCCAGCCAGGCGAGACCCAGACUGCCGUCACCAUGACAACCAGCCAUCAGCCGCAGGACAGGUACCGAGCCGUGUGGCUCAUCUUCUUCAUGCUGGGGCUGGGGACGCUGCUCCCCUGGAACUUUUUCAUGACAGCCACGCUGUAUUUCACAAACCGCCUGGACAAGUCCCAGAACAUGACCUUGGCCACCCCCACCGCCGCCGAUAGCCUGAUCAAGAAUGCCAGUGGCACCGCGGCCCCUCCGGGCCGGAACUCCCUGAGUGCCAUCUUCAACAACGUCAUGACCUUGUGUGCCAUGCUGCCCCUGCUACUCUUCACCUGCCUCAACUCCUUCCUGCACCAGAGGGUCUCCCAGUCUGUCCGGAUCCUCAGCAGUCUCUUCGCCAUCCUGCUGGUGUUCCUUGUCACCGCGGUGCUGGUGAAGGUCCCCAUGGACGCGCUGCCCUUCUUCGUCAUCACCAUGGUCAAGAUCACACUCAUUAACUCGUUUGGCGCCAUCCUGCAAGGCAGCCUCUUCGGCCUGGCCGGCCUCCUCCCUGCCAGCUACACAGCUCCCAUCAUGAGUGGCCAGGGCCUGGCUGGCCUCUUUGCCUCAGUGGCCAUGAUCUGCGCCAUUGCCAGUGGCUCGGAGCUGGCGGAGAGUGCCUUCGGCUAUUUCAUCACGGCCUGUGUGGUCAUCGUCCUGACCAUUAUCUGCUAUCUGGCUCUGCCGCGGCUGGAAUUCUACCGGUACUACCAGCAGCUGAAGCUCGAGGGUCCCGGGGAGCAGGAGACGAAGUUGGAUCUCAUUAGCAAAGGAGAGGAACCAGGACCGGGCAAAGAGGCCAGAGGCUCGGCCCCGAACUCCCACCCCGUCAGCAAGAGUCACUCCGUCCUGGCCAUUCUCAGACACAUCUCAGUCCCGGCUUUCUCCGUCUGCUUCAUCUUCACUAUCACCAUUGGGAUGUUUCCCGCCGUGGCUGCUGAGGUCCGCUCCAGCAUUGCGGACAACCACGCCUGGAAUAAUUAUUUCAUUCCUGUGUCCUGUUUCUUGAUUUUCAAUGUCUUUGACUGGCUGGGCCGGAGCCUCACAGCUGUGUGCAUGUGGCCCGGGAAGGACAGUCUCUGGCUGCCGGGCCUGGUGGUGGCCCGGGUGGCUUUCGUGCCCCUCCUGCUGCUGUGUAACGUCCAGCCGCGCCACUACCUGCCCGUGGUCUUCGAGCACGACGCCUGGUUCAUCUUCUUCAUGGCCGCCUUUGCCUUCUCCAACGGCUACCUUGCCAGCCUCUGCAUGUGCUUCGGGCCCAAGAAAGUGAAGCCGGCCGAGGCCGAGACGGCGGGAGCCAUCAUGGCCUUCUUUCUCUCGCUGGGCCUGGCACUGGGGGCCGUCUUCUCCUUCCUGUUCCGGGCGAUUGUGUGACCGUGGAUGGACAGACGAGAGGACUGUAUGGACCGCCUGCUUCGCCCUUCCUCCCAGGGAUGGGCAGGAGCACCCUGGACACUUCUCGUCUAGCCACUUCUGCUUUCUCGCAGCCUGUGCUGGGCCACAGGAGGUACACUGGACGGGGCAUUGGGGGGGGGGGGGGUGACUCGGAGAGUCGGAGGAAGGGCCGUUGUCUGGAGGACCCCACACGUACAAGGCUGUCGCUGAGGCCUGUCUGAACAGCGCAGCAGAGGCGAGGCAGGCUGAACGUGUAUCUGUCCAUCCAAACGCUGAGUGCCAGGACUGUUCGAAAUGUCCCAUCGGAUAUUUCCCUCCCCGCGCCCCCUCCCCCUGCCUGGUUCCUAUCCAUCACGCACCCCUUACAGUUGUCAUUUUACUGCCUUUUUUAUACAAGACAGAAACCAGGUGCCUUGGGAGGCUCUCUGAUGAUUAAAUAAACCUUUUUUUUUUCC